GGGAAGGACAAGUUUCUGGGCAUCCUGAACAAGUACAUGGAGAUCCACGGCACUGUGUACUAUGAGAGCCAGCGGCCCCCCGAGGUCCCGGCCUUCGUGAAGAACCACGGUCUCUUGCCGCAGCCUGAGUUCCAGCAGCUGCUGCGCAAGGCCAAGCUCUUCAUAGGGUUCGGCUUCCCCUACGAGGGCCCUGCCCCGCUGGAGGCCAUCGCCAACGGCUGCGUCUUCCUACAGGCCCGCUUUAGCCCGCCCCACAGCUCCCUCAACCACGAGUUUUUCCGAGGCAAGCCCACCUCCAGAGAGCUGUUCUCCCAGCACCCCUACGCAGAGAACUUCAUUGGCAAACCCCACGUGUGGACCGUCGACUACAACAACUCAGAGGAGUUUGAAGCGGCCAUCAAGGCCAUCAUGAGAACCCAGGUAGACCCCUACCUGCCCUACGAGUACAGCUGCGAGGGGAUGCUGGAGCGAAUCCACGCGUACAUCCAGCACCAAGACUUCUGUGCAGCCCCAGGCCCUGUCCCGCCAGGGGCCCGAGCCCCACAGAGUCCCUUCGUCCUGGCCCCCAAUGCCACCCACCUGGAGUGGGCCCAAAACGCCAGCUCGGCGCCCGGGGCCUGGCCCCCAGCGCACUCCCUCCGAGCCUGGCUGGCCACCGCUGGGAGGGCCUGCACGGACGCCUGCCUGGACCGUGGGCUGAUUUGCGAGCCCUCCUUCUUCCCCUUCCUCAACAGCCCGGACGCCUUCCAGAAGCUGCAGGUGCCCUGUGACAGCACCGAGUCGGAGAUGAACCACCUGUACCCGGCCUUCGCCCAGCCCGGCCGCGAGUGCUUCCUCCAGAAGGAGCCGCUGCUGUUCAGCUGUGCCGGUUCCAGCACCAAGUACCACCGGCUCUGUCCCUGCCGAGACUUCCGCAAGGGCCAGGUGGCCCUGUGCCAGGACUGUCUGUGAGGGCACCCGCCCGUCUGGCCCUCCCUGCCGUAGGAGAAAGCACCAGCAGAUUCCGAGCUCCAGCGACCCGCCUGCCCCUCGACACCCCCAGACUGGAGCUUCCUUCCUUGGCCCGGAAGUGGCCCGGAAGUGGCCCGGACAGACAUGUUCGCGGGGAGGGUGGGGGGCAGCUUGUCCAGGUGGCGGGUGCCCGCCCCAGGCAGGCUCCUCGUCCUCAUCCGGGGGCUCGUGACAUCGUGGUGGCCAAGCAGAGGGCCCCGCUGGCAGGAGCAGGGGGUCGGGGCCCCUGGCUUUGUGCAGGGCCCCUGUUGGACCAGAUGGAGAGAGGGCCCUGGUCCUUCUCGGGCCCACGAUGGGGCCUUAGGAUGUAUGGGGAGGGAGCAGGGGCUGUGCUUGCCCGAUGACCCACUGAAGGGUCCAGAGAGUGAUGUGUGAGGGGUCAGUCUUGUCCCUUUGUGGUCAAGAGGGACAAGGGACGGGGGGAAGGCCAGACUGGGGGACCCUGCUCAUGCCUCCUCUCAGCCCCAUCCCGCCUGCCUUUGCAACGCCCCCCCCCCCAUUCUACACUUGGGGGGCACAGUGGGAGUGCGGGGGGCCGCCUAGACCCUGGGUUGAACCGUCUCCCUCUCCCGCUCGCUCGAGCUCUCUCCACUUCGGGCUUCUGCCCAAACUCAUCUUGGCAUGACUGUGACUCCAGGCCAUGGACUUGUCCCCAGAGCCUCAGUUCCCGGCCCAGCAGGCUCUGGGACCCCCACCCCUUAGCAUCACUUGUAGGCAAAGGCUGGGGACGGAGCUGUAGCCCAUGGUACGUCCAGUCUAGUCCCUGGCUUCCCAGGCCCGCUAGCCCCCAGGUAGGCACCCCCCCCCCCCCCCAGUGCUGCGUGUCCCUAUCUCCAGCCUCCUCUAGCCUUCAACCGCCUCUGGACCCAAGCAUCAUCUCUGUGUGGCAUGCCUGCCCCGGCCCCAGGACGCCCCCUCCUCCUCCUCCCCAGGCCCAGAGCCCUGCCCGAAUAAACAGGUCAGGCCUCCAGAGACACUGCCACCCCAGCCCCUUUUAUAAUCCCACCCCCCACCCCCCCAGCCAGGCCUGACCCUCCACCCUGCCAGGGAGGCAGCCCAGGGCCCCGAGAACCGGGAGAGGGGAGGAGCGAGCCGGCGUGGGGCCGAGGUGGGGUGCCUCCCAAUGCCAGACCCCUCUCUGGGCCUGGAUGGCCCCUGUAGCCGCAGAAACUCAGUGGUCGCCAAGGACCUGGCCCGUCGGGGGAAAGCAAUAGAGACACUCUUUUCUCUCUCUCUCUUUUUUAAAGAUUUAUUUCUUGAAAUAAUAAAUAUUUUAUUGGGA